AUUGUAUGUGUAAUCAUUUCAAAACGUUUGAAACAAAUCAAAACAAACAAGAAAUUUAAUUAAAAUACAGUAAAUAUGUCUCUAGCUGAUGAACUACUAGCUGAUUUAGAAGACGAUAAUGAUGAGGAUUUAGAGGAGCUUAAAAAGGAGAAGGAUGAAAGUGAUGACAACAACGAUGAGCCGGAAGAUGAAAAGCCUGAGUUUGAGGAGAAAAUGGAUGUUGACAUUAAGGUUGAAUCCGUUAGAGAUAUCUGUAAACUUCAUGAUUCCGUUAGACUUAAAAAGAUCCUGGAAGAUAUAACCCACUAUGAAAGCAGGCCAAGACAGGCAUCAGAGAUGAUUGGAAAUCUUGAGAGUGAUCCAGAAUACCAACUUAUCGUUGAAGCUAAUAAUACAGCAGUGGAAAUAGACAAUGAAAUAUCAAUAAUCCACAAAUUUGUCAAAGAUAAGUAUCAGAAAAGAUUUCCAGAACUGGAUUCUCUGAUUAUGCAUGAAAUGGAUUACAUUUGGGCUGUCAAAGAGCUCGGCAAUGAUUUAGAUCAAGCAAAGAACAAUGAAAAUCUGCAGAAAAUCCUCACACAAGCCACAAUUAUGAUCGUGUCAGUUACUUCGUCUACAACUCAAGGCCAAUUGCUUACAGGAGCAGAACUCGAAAAGAUUAACGAGGCAUGUGACAUGGCAUCAGAUUUAAACAAUUUUAAGGUAAAGAUUUACGAUUACGUUGAGAGUAAAAUGACAUUUAUUGCACCCAAUUUGAGUGCUAUUGUCGGGGCAAAAACAGCUGCAAAGUUAUUGGGUCUUGCCGGUGGCUUAACAAAGCUAUCAAAAAUGCCAGCAUGUAACAUUCUCGUCCUUGGAGCUCAAAAGAAAGUUUUAUCUGGUUUUUCAAAAGUUGCUAUGCUUCCACAUACUGGAUUUGUCUAUUAUUCAGAAAUUGUUCAAGAUGCAAUUCCCGAAUUGAGACGAAAAGCAGCACGACUAGUCGCAAAUAAGGGAGCAUUAGCAGCACGAGUUGACGCCUCACACGAAGCUGUUAAUGGUGAAAUUGGAACAGCAUUUAGAGAAGAUAUUGAGAAGAAACUUGAUAAGCUACAGGAACCACCUCCAGUAAAAUUUAUUAAGCCACUUCCGAAACCACUUGAAGGUGGUAAAAAGCGUCGUGGAGGUAAACGUGUAAGGAAGAUGAAGGAACGAUACGCAAUGACUGAUUAUAGGAAGCAAGCAAAUCGUAUGAACUUUGCAGAAAUUGAGGAUGAUGCUUAUCAGGAUGAUUUGGGAUAUACUCGCGGUACAAUCGGAAAGAAAAAUACAGGAGGAAUUAGAAUGCCUCAAAUUGAUGAAAAGACGAAAGUCAGAAUCAGUAAAACAUUACAAAGGAACCUUCAACGACAAAAUAAUGUCAUCGGAACGACAACAACGAUCAAGAAACACAUUUCAGGUACAGCAUCCAGUGUCGCAUUUACACCACUUCAAGGUCUCGAAAUUCAUAAUCCUGGCGCUGCUGAGAAGACAUUAAGUGAAUCAAAUUUAAAAUAUUUCUCAAAUACCUCCGGUUUCAUGUCGGUCGGUAAGAAAGCAAUGUGAAUUAUUGUCUCAUAAAUCAUGUCUCGAGUUACUUUUCAUAUUGUUUAUUAAUAAAAGAUUUUUUAAAUAUAGAUCUCUUAACACGCAA